AUGGCUCGCGGUGUCCUGAACGCCGCAAAGGCGGCAUCAAACGUCAUUUCUAUUAACCAGAAAUACUCGGUCCAGUCUACUGGGGUCUGGGAGCGGAUCCGUCGCCUUUUCGCUAUUGACCCUGAGCGCUCGACCGGUGUCCCCUUGAACUCUCAGUACCGCCUUCCUACUCCCGGCUCGCUGCCUCCCCUGGCCUACGAUGAUCCGGUUACCCUUCCGGCGGGUGACAUUGCCGACAACCCUUACUGGAAGCGGGAUGUCCGGAGGAGCUACCCUCAACUGAGCACUGUGCGCCAGUCAGACGCAGUCGGCCUCCUCACCGUCGGAAGCCAGGCAGCCCCCAAGGAUGACGUCCUGAAGAUCGGAGAGGCUGGCGAGCAGCAAUUGGUUGCUGUCAAGGAGCAGGGUGAAGAGCGGGGUUUGGCUGCUCUAUUUGAGCAAGACAAGAAGAGCAUACAGGGUGUAUUUGGCGCCAAUGGUCUGCCUCCCACUCCUUGCAACAUCAACUCUGUCCCUCAGGACUCACAGUCCAAGUACGAGCUUGGCACAGAGCACGGCUACCCCGAAAAAUAUACCUGCCGCACCUUUGCUUGA